GUGGGAGGGAGCGGCUUCUGUUUUGAAAUCGGCCAUGGAAUGGUGGUGGCAGCUCCUGUUAGGGCUCGGGACAGUCACGCCCAUCUGGGCUGGGGAUGAGCUGCUCAAUGUCUGCAUGAAGGCCAAGCACCACAAGCGAGAGCCCAGCCCGGAAGACCAGCUCUACGAGGAGUGCAUGCCAUGGAAGGAUAAUGCCUGCUGCACAGCCAACACAAGCUGGGAAGCUCACCUGGAUGUGUCCCUGCUCUACAGCUUCAGCCUGGUUCACUGUGGGUUGAUGAUGCCUGACUGUCAGAAGCACUUCAUCCAGGCUGUCUGCUUCUACGAGUGCUCCCCGAACCUGGGGCCUUGGAUCCAGCAGGUGGACCUGAGUGGGCAGGGAGAGCGAAUUUUGGAUGUACCACUAUGCCUGGAGGACUGUGAGCAGUGGUGGGCAGACUGCCACACAUCUUACACUUGCCAAUCCAACUGGUACGGCAGCUGGGACUGGAGUCGGGGGAAGAGCCGCUGUCCAGCGAGAGCCGCCUGUCACCCUUUUCCCCAUUACUUCCCCACCCCGGCUGACCUGUGUGAGAAGAUCUGGAGCAACUCAUUCAAGGCGAGCCCUGAGCGUAGGAACAGUGGGCGGUGUCUGCAGAAGUGGUUUGAGCCUGCUCAGGGCAACCCCAAUGUGGCCGUGGCCCUCCUCUUUGCUAGCCCUGCCCCGUCCUGGGAACUCUCCUAUACGCUCAUGGCCUUCUCUCUGUUCCUGCUAUUCCUUUCCUGAGAGCCGCUUCUUCUCCCACACACAUUCCUGUCCCCCAGCUAUGGGCCAGGCAGGGCAAUGGCAGCCUCCUUCCUCAAACCCUC